AUGGAAGAUGUCACCAUUGACAUUGGAAGACCGCUGAAUGCUCGGAAUCUAAAGAGCAUGGGAACCAUUGAUCAAGUCAGAGCCAAACCAACACUUGAUACCUCUUGGGAAACACUUAGAGAUCAGAGGGAUAUUCCCAACGGACUCUACCUGUUCUCCAAGAUUGACCCUCCAGAGUCCAAGAAGGCGAAGAAAGCUAAGUUGGGAGAAUCCUCUGGAUCAAGACCCCCAGUUCCUCUAGUUGGCUCUCCAGGUAAGUUUGUACCUCUCCCUCGCUCUGUCAAAAUUAAACCAAUUUCUUCUUCUCUUCCUCAAACAACUUCCAUAUACACCUCUUCUGAAACUCCUCCCUCAACCACUAGAUCCUCUAACCCACCCUCUCUCAAAUUCAACCUCGCUACCACCAAGUUACCCGUUUCGGAAGUAGAAAUGAUGAAUGAAACCACUUCACCAUUAUCAUCACCAUACCCUCAAUCCCCACCUUACUACGAACUCUCCUCUGACACCAAACCAUCUGACCCCCAAUCCCCCACUCUGGCUCAGUUGCAAGCUCGUGCUCUGGCCUCUCAACAACCAUCACACUCUGAACCUACACCAGACUUUCCUUCCCCACCUCCUGAACAUCCAAAUCGCACCACAUCUGAACAAACACCACCACCUACACAACAACCAAUCAACUCUGAACCACGACUGUAA